AUAAACGGCAGGGAAAUUCCAGUUUACUUUCGAACUCCGAUCGGGCAUGAUUAUUGGAUAAAAAUUCCAGUAAAAUUCAAAUCAUUCGACCACAAUGGAUGUCCAGCAGCAGUUGCAGCCGCAGGAUGUGAGUAAGCAGCGCGGCGAGGACUUCGAGCUGGAGGAGCACAUCGAGGACUUGAACAGAAACUCCAGCCUGACCACCGUGUGCAGCACCUUUCCAUUGACCUCGAGGAUCGAAAGCUUCCAUCACUGGCAGCCGAUGGACGUCGCCAUUGGGCAGGCGUCGCUCUUGGAAAUGGAUAGUGAGCGGAUGGUCCAGCCGGCCAUGUCCAUUCCACUCGCCCUGAAUGCCGUACAUCCUUGACGCCAAACCUAAUAAACUCCAUUUAUUGCCCAAGCGGAGUCUUAUUUUUUAAAAAAGUUCAAUGACCUGCAUGCAGUUAUGGCACCGCUGCGUAUGAGCAACGCGCUUGAGAACACGUAUACGCCCCGUUGUACCAACAUACCUACAUACUCGUAUACCUUGAAAUGCAUUGUUGCAUUGAUGAGCGAAAAUAAGUUAGUUAAUUGUGCCUGGAUAAACACUCGAAUCGAAGCCAAUAACGUGCGCUUGACUUCCGCCAGCAGCCAGCAGUCAACAAGCCCUAUAAAUUCAUCUAACACCUCUCGCAUAAUUGAAGGUAAAUUAAGUUUGCUCUCCUCCACAUCGAUUGACGCACAUCGCACAUCGCACAUCGUUUGCUUUUCGGCAUCGACGACGUGGCGGGCUCAAAAACGAAAUUGCUAUUUACAAACAAUUUUACAUAUUUACGCGGCAACUGUUGACAUUUUGCUAUAAAUUCACCCGGCCCUGGUCCGCCUACCGCCCUGCCGCCCUGCCCCGCCCCCUUAGACGAAGGCCAGUGCAAACAGAACUACACUGGGAAAUAUUCACACUCGUGUUCUUUCAUUCAAAAUACUAUGGGUGAUUCUCGAGUAAUCAGCUGCAUCAGCUGAAUGUGCCUUCUACGCAAUUGAGCUGCACUUUAGAAUAAAA